AUGUUUUUAAAUGAUCUUCAAAAUAGACUUCAUAGUCAUGCUAUACCAAGACAUUUUAUAAAUGAUACACCAUCAUCUUCCAGCAGCAUUUCACGUAAACUUGAUUUUUGUUCUACUGUUGACAAUAAUAUAUCAAAUGCUCCUGCAGAAUGUGAAAGAACAAUUCUCUCUUCUCCAAAUGUGUUAGCUCUAACAUUGGAUUCUAGAACACCAAGUGUAUUGAUAAUGUAUCGUUGCUUGUUUCAUUCUUCAUUUCAUCUAUUCUGUGCUUGA